AAGCCGAGGAGGUGUGCCUCGCGCAGUUGGUAACAUCAAGCGUUAACGGAAAAAUAGAUCAACCGCAUCUUCUGAGUGACAGGGAGGGCGCGCUCGGGGGGAGGCGGGUAGAGGGGUGUGACACGAGAGCAAUACCAUGCUGCAUUCGUUUUUCUCUCCCUCCUCACAAAUUAGAACUUAUUUCAGAAAAUGAUCACGCUAGCGGAGUCUAUGGGGUACGAGAGGGAAGAGAAAACCAGCUUGAAUUAAAACCCAGAGAUGCCGUGUGCCGUCGCGCCUCAGAAACCUUUGAGAAGCUGUGUGAGUACGAGAUCUUGAGAAGCUGAAUACCUGAUCUCCAGGAGCAGACCGUGUGCGGGUGUGUGUGAGUGUGUGUGUGUGUGAGUACGCGCGUGCAUGCGGGCGUCUGAGUGUGCGCACAUGUGUGAGUGAGUGAGUGAGUGAGUGAGCGUGAGCUUACGCGUGUGAGCGCAUGUGUGGGCACGCGUGUGUGUGAGAGUGCGAGUGCGUGUUUGGGCUCUUCCACAUGGCCUCCAUGCAGGACGGGCUGAACCUCAGCGCGCCCCCGUAUGGAAAGGUCCUGGUGCUGGGGGCCAUCGCUGCUGCCUCCGCCUUUGUCGUCACCAUCCUCAUCGUUCUGCUAUGUGUGGGCUGCCAGAGGAAGGGGAAGUCCCACAAUUCCCCAUCAGAAGGGACCAAACACAGGCUCAUGGACAUGAGUAUACUCAGACAGUCCAAACUGCGUUCCAUCAGUAAAUCGGACACAAAGCUGCAUGAGAUGAAUCGGCUCAACUGCAACGGCAAGAAGGCUUCUAAGAACCGUCCGGCCAGCAUGGACCUGCUGCUGCUGCCGAGCCGGCGCUCCAACUCGGACCUGCGGGGCCAGCAGUCGCGGCAGCUGCCCCAGAUCCCCACCACGCCCGGCGACCGGGACCACACCUACUCCGAGGUGGGCGGCCGGGGCUCCCCGUCUCGCUGCCAGGACGACGCCCUGUACGAGAUGGUGGGGGGCCGGGCGGGGGAGACGGACACGCCCGCCCCCCCGGCCCCCGCCAACACGCCCGCCCCCCCCAGCCCGCCGCCGGGCGAGGCGAAGGCCGGUGGCAAUGGCCUGCCGGGCGGGAACGGGGUCCCCCUCCCGGACCCCGGCCUGGGCCCCCAGGACCCCGUCACCGCCGAGUACGCCUGCAUCCGCAAGGUCAGGAAGGUGGACAAGAUCCCCAGGGCGGGGGCGGAGCCGGCCGAGCCAGACCCCCUCAACGCCCCGCCCCCGCCACACCCCCUCAGCCAGAAGAUCCCCAGGAAGCACGUGGAGCCCUUCCACCUCCACUCCUUCCCCAAGGAGGCUGUUUUCAUGGGUAAUGGAGAGCAGUACAUAUGGAAACCUCCGGAAGAUGAUGACUUGGCCAUGUUCCCGCCCAAACACAUGGGCCCCCAAGAGGUAGAGGCUGGAACACAGACACAGGUUUCUGACAUGUACUCCAAAGUGUGUAAACCGGGCAAGAAGAAACGGGCAGUGCCGGGGUCACCCCCUGCAGGCAGAGACAACAACGGGCACAGGACCCUGGCACGGGGGUGUGGGGGUGGGGCGGAGCGAGAGGCUGGGGGCGGGGGCGGGGCAGGGUUCAGCGUGGUGGUGAAGCCUCAGUCCUGGUCUACCGGUGCCCAGCAGGAGGGGGGAAGGUGCGCGGAGGACCACUGCUACGAGUCCAUCCCUGGGGAGAAGGCGUGGCCGCCGGGGGAGCCAAGCUCCUCCCAGGAGGCUGAGAUGGCGGGCUGGAAGAGGGAGCGGCCACCGCCCCCGCCCAACGCCGCCGCCACUCUGAGGCCCAGGAAGAAGAAGGAGAAGCCCCCGCCCCCGCAGCCGCAGAAGUCCCUGCCCAACAAGGCCCUGGCGCCCGAGAACUUGUAUGAGAGCAUCGGCGACCUGAAGCACGGCGUGGCCAGCUCCAGCACCACCACCAUCUUCACCUUCAACGAUGGCAUGGAGAUGUACGUCACGGGCCUGUAGCGCUGGCCCCGCCUCCGGCCACAUUCCUGCCCUCUGCCCCGCCCUUGGUCCUCCCCUCGCUCUGACCCGCACCCCUGUCCCUCCAUCCCUGACCACGCCCCGGGCCCAUGUCCCUCCCCCUGACCACACCUCUGCCCUGCCCCUAGAGUGUAGCUCAAACUCUUCUCACACUGUACAUCCUGUUGAUAAAUAUGCACCCCCCCCCACCCCCCCCCCAUCGUAAUUAAAAAAUAAAAGAACAAAAUAAGGAAGGAAAAAAACAGACUCGCUUGAUUCUGCGCUUAGGUGUCGGCAGUCCCGCUCUUUGCCAAGUCCUGACUGGUCGACUUUGCUGCCCGUUUUCCCCUUGGUGGAAGCUGAUGCCCGUUCACGUGCACUCCUGGCAUUCUGGGAGCUUACACUGUGGUUUGCCGUUUGCCAGGUCUACCUGCCACCUGUGCUCGUACUUGUGCAGGUGAUCAGAACAGGUGCUCACCUGAAUGGGUCCUGCUCUCCUGGCCUCUUGUCCUCCUGCAGGGCAGACGGAACAGGUCUGGUCUGCCCCAGUUCACAGCAGAGGCCCCCAGGCCCCCACAGGGCUUAAAAGAAAAUGGCUCUCACUGAUGAACAUGAGUCUGGGAAAGAGUUCUGAUUGGAGGGGGGCAGGGCUACUGGGCUGGAAGCUCCUGAUUGCAGGAACCCUGUGUAUAUGUGUGUGUGUGUGUGCGUGUGUAUGAGGCUACACUCCAGGGGAACAACUGCCUCAUCGACUUCAACAGUCUCUGCAGUCAUAUGCAUGUACACACACACACACAGACACACACACACACACACGCACAGACACAUGCAUACUCACACAGAGACAUUCAUAUACAUACAUGCACGCACAUUUUACCCUUCCGAAUCCAGUCUGUCAAUACACACACAGGCCUUGGGAUAUUCCGGAGUUUUCCACAGCUCUGGGUCUGCCAGGACUCCCUUCUAGUGUCGAGGCCCAGGCCUCAGUGGCAACCACUAUCACAGCACACAGCAAACGGAGCGGCCGACACAACAACAGAUGAGGAAGAGGUUGCAGGAACACUGCAACAAAAAAACAAAAAAACACUUUCACCAUGUACAGAGAGGAACAAUGACUGAGAUGAUGAUAACAACUGUAAGGCAGGAAUCCUAAUUUUUGAAAAGGCUGAAGAGGAAAAGCAGAAAGAAUCAGCUCAGGGACUGAGAGGAACGGCUGUUUCAGGAGUCUUGGAUACAGCACAGACACGGCAAACUUCCUGAGAGACUGAAAUACUGAAGGUUUCCUUUGCAGUUUUAAAAUCAAACGUGCCACUUUAUUCAGUCACAAAUGCACUGUCUACAUUUUCUAUCUGCUCUUGUUAUGUUUGUUUUGUUUGGGGGGUUUUGUUGUUUUUUUGUUUAUAAAUGUAGUAUCUACUGGGAGCUAAACGUGACAGAAAGGGUCAAUCACUGUCACGUGUAAGUGUUUUAUUUAGUCGUUGCCGUGGAAGCAGUCUGCCUGCCUUGAACAUGCAUGCCUUGGAUAUUUCCGUCGUGGUACCCAAGAAUGGUUUCUUUGCUGCUGUUGUUGUUGUCAUUGUAGUUGUUGUUGUUGUUUUUAAAUGUUUUUGUUUUGUAUUUUUACGUGUGUUUAUUUUUUGCAGUCAGAGAGCACAAUGUCAUUUUCAAUUCAGGAUUAAUUAUUUGCUUGGCAAUAGGGACUAAUGCAAUUCUGCAUGGGCUUAGUCCAUCUAGGUAACUGCACAACUGCCAGCAAAAGUUGACUUGGAUUGGAGGAACCACCAAUGACAGGUGACCGGAUUGGAUGAACAGUUAAUAAAAGCUGACUGGAGUGGACAGCACUGGUUGCAUUAAAGCACACUGCAGUAGGAGAAGCACUCCAGAUUAUGGCCCCUUACCCUUCCUACCCCAUCCCACUGAUUCUGGUGGUGAGGACAGGGCUGCGCUCUGGAGGGUUGGAGCAUAAGGACAGGGCAAAGCACAAAAACACCAUGCUGUCGAUCGUGACUUUGAUUGACAGAACUACCACUGAUCCCAGAGCUUUAUGUUUAGCCUGUCCAAUCAGCUGAAAAUAAA